CUGUGACUUGACGAUCGAUUUCGUGUGAGAGAAGGCGCUUCAGUGAUGUCCUUACAUGUUGUUACAGACUACUGCAUGCGAUAGGUGUGUAGGAGGAAUAAAUUCCAGUUUCCCAUCGGUGGACAAGGAAAACAGACAGAUUGGCGCUAGAUGUAUUGGGUUGAUGGUCACAGAUCUCGCCUGGCCAGAAUUUAUUGUAUGAUGCGAUGACCAAAAUUUGUGGAAUUUCCCGUCACUGGAAAUUACCGGACGUCACAAUUAGAGGUUUGGUUGUCAUCGUGAUUACGGUGUUCAUACAAUGGACUGAUGUAAGCUCUGAGGUGUCUAGCAGAUCAUUAGAAACCAAUAACUAUGAUAUACUUAAGGAGAAGUGCCACUCUUCCUAUUACACCAGACCUAAAUGUCUGAACAACACGGACGGGUAUGGGUGCAAAUGCGGACCCGGAUUCCACUGGAACACUGAAAUGUGCAUGUCCUCGGCCAUUGAUUCACGUCUCGAGUUCUCGGCCAAGGAACCGGUUCGCUACACUUUAUUAUUGGAUAAGGCCUUUCCUAAACUACCUAAAUUCACAAUUGGAUUUUGGAUCCGGCUUAGGAAGCACGAAAAUGAGUCAGCAAGCACUAUCAUGUCUUACAAACACAGCAAGAAAGGCGAGGUGUUCCGACUUUUUAUCGAUAACACGGCAGACGAUUUGAUGUUUUUCACCAUUUGGGGAACUACCGUCCAAACUAACAUCAGGUUGGAAUACGAAGAGUGGUCCCACGUAUUUUGGAUCUGGGAGUCAAAAUAUGGAUCGUGGAAAAUCUUCAUCAAUAACAGAAAGCAGGAAGAAGACUCGGACCUCUCUCUCGCCUCUCCCAUCCCCAGCGACGGCGAAUUCGUCGUUGGACAAUCACCAAGGGAAAAGUUUCUCUUCAACAAACGAAAUGCCUUCGUUGGUGACAUUGCACAUCUGAACAUCUGGAACAAGAUUCUUGAUUCUACCUUGAUGAGAUCUAUUUUUUCUUCUUGUAUAUUUAUGUAUUGCGGAAAUGCCGUCCAGUGGGCCGACUUGCGGAGUGGUACCAGGGGCCCGAUGAAAAUGAGAUGGCCGUCCACAAUCGUAUCCGUCGUUUUAAAGGAGGAGAAACCAUGCAAUACAAAACAAGAGAAAACUCUCACGUGUAACAAAUACUGUAGUGAUGUCAUUGGUGCCCAGUGUAAUAUGGAGACGGUGGAGAACAUAGUAUGGGCGCGUACUCCGGCAAUCACCAAUGCUACAGUGCCGUGUCCAGGACAGGAGGACAACAGGGAGCGAAACGAAACUUUUGACUCAGCCUCUAGAACGUGCUACAGAACAUCUGAGAACGAGGGAAUUUGGGGGAAACCUUACAUUGAUGAAUGUAUUGCUGAAGAUCUCCUGGACAUGAAAGAGCAGAUUUUGGGGAUGUUCAGCUCAUCAGCAGUCGAUUCUGAGUGGAUAAGUAACUUUGCCUCUGAUCUCUUGAAUCACACAUUCUCCAAUGUCUACACCAAUCCAAUAGAUGUCGCCACUGUCAUUGAUCUGCUGAAUAUGAUCGUGAAGCUGCAGGCGAAGUCAAUUUCCGUUGAUGUCCAGACAUCAGAAAAGGGAUCUGAGGAAUUUAAGAAAGCAAACGUGGCAUCUCCGACACAAGACGAUAUCCAGGAUUUCAUCAAGAAAUUCAUAAACAUUGUAAACUGCCUGUUGGAUUCCAAAAAUUAUGCUGGCUGGAUAGAGACCAAACCUCCGGGUGUAGAAGGGGAUAAUCUUCUAACAGUAAUAGAACAGUUUGCAGCAACAGUGGCGGACAUAUUGGAAAAACAAAUGAUGGGAGGCGAAUUCGACAACGAAUAUAAACAGGAAAUAGAGAUCAGAGAACACAUUGAGUACAAGCUCCAGAUACAGAAGAGAGACUCUGUUAGAGAAUUUAUGUUCCCGGACCGCACGGACGGAGUCGUUUUCGGUCUGAAUGGCAAAGCGGGCGAGGUUCGAUAUUUCCCAACUUCUGGUGAUGCUCCGGGUAACAUGUCCGCUUCCUUUGGAUACAUAAAAGUCUCAGGAUUUCGAUUCAGACAUUUGGCAAAAUACUUACCAAACCACGAGGGCAAAAACAAGGAAGAUAAUAUCAAUACCGCUAUUUUGGCUUUGUAUAUCCACAAUUCGGAGUAUUAUGGCCUCUUUAAUCUGACAAAUCCAAUCAGAUAUCACGCUGCGUACUUAGACACAUUUAAUAUAUCCAACGCCGAGUGCGUGAAGAUAGAACAUCCAAACCGGAAUAGCUCAAGUCAUGGUCAGUGGGAAUGGAGUAGGGACUGUAUCCUGGUGGCAGACACGGGACAUGAGGGAUAUUGUGAAUGUUAUGUACCCGGUGUUUUUGCUCUCACUACGGACAUGUACAACGUUAAUUGGGACAGAGGCAUUAAGAGACCCAUUUUAAUGAAUAUUGCGUCGUAUGCAGGCUGCGCAUUGACAACAGUUAUGUGCCUUGUCAGUCUUAUCAUUCACAUUAAGUUCAGAUCAUCCACAACCACUGCGUCACUUCAUAAAAACUUGGCAGCAUCAAUCGCCAUCGGUCAGAUCGUAUUGAUGGCAGGUAUUGACAAGUACGACCAUCCGAUGUUAUGCCACAUUUUUGCGAUUUUAUUACAUUAUGCAUUCCUGUCCAAUUUUUCGUGGCUGAUGAACGAAGCCUUCAAUCAGUACAUCGUGAUAACAUACGCUGCACACUCUCACUCUGAUCAGCUCGCGGAUAACGGAUCCAUGAUACGAUAUUAUGUCCUCGGCUGGCUUUUCCCCGGUGUCUUGGUCGGCGCAUUUGUUGGGUCACAAGGAGAAACGUAUUAUGCCAAAGACAUGUGCUGGAUAGCCUGGGACACCAUAUGGCUGUUUGUUGCGCCUGCAUUAGGUCUACAAGCAGUUUCUGUUAUGGUUAUGAUUUUUGCCACCAAAGAGCACAACGAAAACUCCUACACCAAUAGUGAGAAGACCAACAGAAUUAUUUUGAUUCAGAUGCGUGGCUUGUGGAUUCAGAUAAUUUUAGUAACAGUUUCCUGGUCUUUUGCCUUUCUGUCACUGAGAAUGCAUGAUGCUGUCAUCAAAUACCUCUAUGCCAUGAUGAACAUCUUACAAGGUGCAUUUGUACUCGUGUUUUUCGUCUUUCUCCAUGGAGAGAUACACACCGUCUUAAAGGCAAGGAAAACCAAGAAAACAUUGAUUGUGUACGACCGUGAUCAAGAUCAGUCGAUGGAGUCGUUGGUCAAUCAAGAGGAAGAAAAGGAAUAUUCCGACACAGAACCACUAAACAGGACAACAGAGAAUCCAAAACAAGUGGUUAAGUCCAAAACUCGGGAUCCCAAGAAAGACAUGUUUACUUUAGCUGAGAAGUGUGAAAUGGUCACAAGUGUGUAAAAGUACUGUAAGGGUAAAGUAGGAUGUCUGCAUACUGGGUGCGUGUAUGCGUAGCUGCCAAUGCAUUUUGUACAUUUUAUAGUCACUGAUUUAUUUGAACAUUUAUUUUAAUAAAAAAUUAAAACGUC